AUGAGGGGGUUGAGAGCGCGGAGCAGCACUCGCUGUCUUCUCACCUCGCGUUUGCAUUGCUCGCGUGAGUUGGGCGGAGGACCAUGGGCGGAGGACCAUGGGCGGAGAGAGAGUGGCAGUGAUGUUGGGUGGGGGGUUGGAUUGGUGAGAGGAGGGAGCGAUGAGGGGAAAGGUGCGGAGCAGAAGUCGCUGUCUUCUCGCCUCACAUUCGCAUUGCUCUUGUUUGCUGGAAUAGUGUGUGAUGGCCGCGUGGAGGAGGUCCCAGGAGGCACCACGCUGCAGCAGCUGUGGCGGCGGCACCCCACCCUGCAACCAGCACUAAUAUGCUUGUGCCUCCUUCCCUCCCUCUUCUCCUGCUCCCCAGCAUGUGACGGCCGUACCGAAGAGGUCCCAGGAGGCACCACGCUGCAGCAGCUGUGGCGGCGGCACCCCUCUCUCUGCGACGGCCGCCGCUACUUCCUCGUCACUCACCCUCACACGAGCAAUCAUGCUCACACAAGCACCGCUGCUGCUGCCGCUGCUACUCGUGGUGGUGGUGGUGGUGGUGGUGGUGGUGCCAGCGCGGCUGCUAAUCCCGGUGCUGCGGAUGAUGCUGAUGUGCUGUUUCGCCCUCAGGACGUGUUACAGGCAGGGGCUUGUUACCGCGCUGAGCCGGACGUGUUACAGGCAGGGGCUUGUUACCGCGCCGAGCCGACCCCUAGCUGUCAGACCACUGCUGCUGCAUGCUGUCUCACAUUCAUUAUCCCCACUCUGCCGUUGCUGCUCUUUCCCCUCCCUUGCCCCCUCUCCAGGACCGCUUGCCUCGAUGCUGGCAGGAACGACCCCUUCACAAGCUCACUCGCUGUUGGCUUUAUUUCGCAAGCUUUUCUUCGCAAUUGCUGCACAGCCUUAGGUUGGCUGCAAGACACAGCAGCAGCACCCACUGCAGCCACCAUAGAGCUCCCAGACGGCAGCACGCGGGACGUGGAGGCGGGUUUGACUCUCAGGGAGGUGCAUCGCAAGCUGUCGGACCACUGCGGCAGCAAGUUGUGUCUCGCUCCAUAUCCCCCUUCUGUCUCUUUCUCGCCCCUCCUUCCCCUCCAUUGCCCCUUCUCCAGGGCCGCUUGCCUCGAUGCUCGCAGGGGACCGCUAGCCUCGAUGCUGGCAGGGGUGCCUCAAGGCACAGCGGCUCUGUCUCAAGACCCCACUCCACCGCUCUCAACCGCCACCAUAGAGCUCCCAGACGGCAGCACGCGGGACGUGGAGGCAGGGUUGACUCUCAGGGAGGUGCAUCGCAAGCUGUCGGACCACUGCGGCCGGCUGGCAAAGCUCGUCCUGCUCCCUGCUGCGGGCGGCAAUAGCACAGAGGGUGGUGGUGCUGCCGAUGGUGGUGAUGGUGCUGGUGGUGCUGCCAGUGCUGCCGGUGGUGGUGCUGCGUCAACUGCUGCGUCUGCUGGUGCUCUCAGUGAUGCCGUCAAGACCUCCCCGUCCUGCAGCUCACCGCACGCCGGACAACUCCCCCUGCACCGCCUGCCCUCCUUCCCCACUCCCACUUGCUCCUAUCCACUUCCCAAAUUUCCCAAUCCUGUUCCACCCCUCCGUCUCACCUCACCCCUGCAGCUCAUUGCACGUCGGACAACUCCCCCCUGCCCCGCCUGCCCUCCUUCCCCACUCCCACCCGCUCCUAUCCAUUUCCCAAUUUUCCCAAUCCUGUUCCACCCCUCCCUCCCUCCCUCCCUCCCUCCCUCCCUCCCUCCCUCCCUCCCCAUCCUGCAGCCCAGCGCACGCCAGACAAUUCUCCCCUGCACCACCUCCCCUCCUUUGCCACGCCCUCGUUCAACGCUCCUUCCCCCCUCGCCUCCUCCCCGCCUCCCACCUUGA